AUGGGGUUGGCUGGUACUAGAGUUAAACAAAGGUUUGGAUUUGACCCAAGAAAUACUAAUUGGUCGGAUGAUACUUCCAGAUUUGGUCAUCAAUAUUUAGCUAAAAAUGGUUGGAAACCUGGUAAAGGUUUAGGUUUAGUUUCAAAUUCAAUGAUUACUCAUAUAAAAGUUUCAGUAAAAGAAGAUACUGUUGGUUUAGGUGCUAAAUUACAAAAGAAAAAUCCAGAUGCAAAUGAUUUAGAUGAAUGUAGUGGUUUAGAUGCUUUUCAAAGAAUUUUAGGUAGAUUAAAUGGUAAAGAAGAAAUUGUUAAUAAUAUAAUGGAUAUGACUCAAAAGGAUAAAUUAAUAGGUAAAUGGGGUAUGCAUUUUGUUAAAGGUGAAGUAUUAUCAAGUACAUGGGAUAAGGAAAAUGGGAAAUUAAUAUCGUAUAAUAAUGAUGAAAAAAAGGAAAAGAAGGACAAGAAGAAGAAAGAAACGAAGAAAAAGGAAAAGAAAGAAAAGAAAGAAAAGAAAGAGAAGAAAGAGAAGAAAGAGAAGAAGAAGAAACAAUCAAAUAAAAUAGAGAAGAAGAAGAAAGAUAAAUCAUUAGAUAAAAAGAAGAAGGAAAAGAUAAAAUUAGAAACACCAAGCAAAGAGUCUACACCAACUCCAUCACAUCUUCUUGCUAGAGCAAAAUGGAUUAAACAAAAGAAAGCAUCGGUUAUAGAUGCAAAAGCAUUGAACGAAAUAUUUAUGAUUUCUAAAUAA